UGUGCUAUUUCUCAAAAUGUCCAUCUUUGUGUUUUCCCCUAUAGUGAGACCACAAAGAACUCCUUGGAGAGCAGCCUACGGCAACUAAAAUGCCAUUUCACCUGGAACUUGUUAGAGGGAGAAAAUUCCUUGGAUGAUUUUGAAGACAGAGUGUGUAACCAGAUUGAGUUUCAGAACAAUGAAUUCAAAGCCACAAUGUACAACAUAUUGGCCUACAUAAAACACCACAGAGGCCAAAAUGAGGCAGCCCUGGAAAGCUUACAACAGGCUGAAGAGUUAAUCCAGCAAGAGCAUGCUGACCAAGCAGAAAUCAGAAGUCUGGUCACCUGGGGAAACUAUGCCUGGGUCUACUAUCACAUGGGCAGACUCGCAGAAGCUCAAAUUUAUGUAGACAAGGUAAAACAAGUGUGCGAGAAGUUUUCCAGCCACUAUAGAAUUGAGAGACCUGAAAUAGAUUGUGAGGAAGGGUGGUCACGGUUAAAGUGUGGAGGAAACCAAAAUGAAAGGGCAAAGGCGUGUUUUCAGAAGGCUCUGGAAAAGAACCCAAAGAAUCCAGAAGUCAUCUGUGGACUGGCAAUUGCGAGCUACCGUCUAGAUAACCGGCCACCGCCUCAGAAUCCCAUUGACCCUCUGAGGCAAGCCAUUCGGCUGAAUCCUGACAACCAAUAUGUUAAAGUCCUCCUGGCUCUGAAACUUCAC